CAAACACCGAUCGGGUUUGUAUCAGUAUGUAUCGCCAAUUGUACUGACACGGAUUAUCAUUCAAGGAGUGCUUUAGAUAAAUACGUAUCGCAUCCCGUCUCAAAUAGUAGUGUGUGGUUGAUAGACGAAGGAACUAGCCGUUGAUAAUGAAGAUCAUCGGCGAGCUAGCCCUAGUGGGCGCGAUCGCGUCCGUCUUCAUAGUGGCUGCUAAGGGGCGGGCGGUGGAAAGGGCGGCCGAAGAAGCAGCCGGCAGAGACUACAUGAGGAACCUGGAUGAGAUCAUGUCUAAAGCCAAGAAUAAGAAGACGAUCGCCACGUGGGACUAUGAGAGCAAUAUUACUAAGGCUAAUGAGAAUAGACUGCUUCAAAUAUCGUUAGAAUUGGCAGAAGAAGAGAAAGAAUACUGGAAAGACACAAUGAGCUACCUUUGGCACGAGUAUGAAGAUCGAGAUCUCAAGAGAAUGUUCGAGAAGUAUUCCAAGCUUGGUACUUCAGCUCUGCCUGAGGAUCUGAAUGAGAGACUGAUCAAUGCCAUCAGUAACAUGCAGUCGACGUACGCUAAAGCCACAAUUUGUGAUUAUAAGGAUAGGACCAAGUGUGAUUUACAUGUGGAACCAGAGGUAACAAAUAUCUUCGCGACCAGCAACGACCCUGAGGAGUUGAAGUACACCUGGCUGGAGUGGCACAGGGUCGCCGGAGCCGCCUCCAAGGGCAACUUCACUGAGUACGUCGCUAUGGACAAUGAGGCUGCCAAGUUGAACGGUUACGACAGCGUAGCAGAAUGGUGGCUGAGUGAAUACGAGGCUGAUGACAGCGAAGACCAGUUUGCAGCACUUUGGGCGCAGAUUAAGCCUCUUUACCAGCAGAUCCAUGCAUACGUGAGGAGGCAUCUUAGGCUGAAGUAUGGAGAAGAUGUUGUGCCGGCGAGAGGACCCAUCCCUGCGCAUUUGUUGGGUAACAUUUGGGCUCAAACUUGGAAUAAUGUGGAGAAGUUCACCAGACCGUACCCCGACAAGGCUGAAAUUGAUAUCACUGGUGCUCUACAAGCUCAGAACUACACAGCACUGAAGUUCUUCCAAACCGCCGAGGAGUUCUUUACUUCUCUGGACUUGAUGCCCAUGCCUGACUUGUUUUGGGAGAGAUCGAUUAUCGAGAAACCUAAUGACGGACGUGACAUGGUCUGCCAUGCUUCCGCCUGGGACUUCUUUGAUGGUGAAGAUUUCAGGAUCAAACAAUGCACUACGAUCACAGAUGCGUUCUUCAAGACUACUCAUCACGAGAUGGGUCACAUCCAGUACUACUUGCAAUACAAAGAUCAACCCGUCAUCUAUAGGGCCGGAGCUAAUCCUGGAUUCCAUGAGGCUGUGGGUGACGUCAUCGCUCUGUCAGUAGCCACACCGAAACACUUGAGAGUCAUGGGUCUUCUAGAAGAAGGACCCGAGGAUAUUGAGUUUAACAUCAAUCAGCUUUAUAAAAUGGGUCUCGACAAGAUAGUCUUCCUUCCCUUCGGAUAUCUCCUGGAUUUGUUCCGUUACGGAGUCUUCCGAGGCACCACGACUCCUGAGGACUACAACUGUCACUACUGGCAGCUGAGGGAAGCCCUCCAAGGCAUUGAACCUCCUGCACCGAGGUCUGAAGAUGACUUCGAUGCCGCUGCCAAGUAUCAUAUUUCGGCUGAUGUGGAGUAUAUGAGGUACUACAUUUCCUACAUCAUUCAGUUCCAAUUCCACCGAUCCCUGUGUCAGCUAGCUGGGGAGUACACCACUGGGGAUGAGAACAAGCUGCUCUCCAACUGUGACAUCUACAAGAGCAAGGAGGCUGGCAAUGCUUUGGGUAAAAUGCUCCAACUGGGUUCUUCCAAGCCCUGGCCUGAUGCAAUGGAGGCGCUAACUGGACAACGCAACAUGGAUGCCAGUGGGGUGCUGGAGUAUUUUGCACCUUUGCACGAUUGGCUUAAGGCUGAAAAUGAAAGGACCGGCGAAUUUGUUGGCUGGGAACCUAGUACUGUCCCAUUCUGCACAGCUGAGCAACGUUCUGCGAUGGAGACCUCUGGCUUCAACAAGAGACUGAUGAAAUACGCUUCCAUGUAACACUUCACUUCUAAUAAAUGUAUUUAUUAAUUACUUA